CAAAAUGGCCGCUGUGUGUGUUGUUGGUGUCUUGGUGCGUGCGUUGCAGUCGUAGUGUGGCGAAUUCUCUUUCCUGGUGAACGUAAAGUGAACAUAUUUUUGAACACCUUAGGUCUCCGAACUCUUACAGACGUACAUUGCAGCAAGUUGGUGUGUUAAGCACACUUAAGCACCACGCCAUGAGCGUGAGGACUUGAAUCUGUGAAAUUCGUUGAAUCGUGUGAAGCCGGUCUCACGGACGUCAAGGCGAAGAGUAUGCAUUGGUCAGCUUUGCCAGAGUCCUGCUAGCCGCACCGAAACAUCAUUUUCAGUUUAACGUGACAGUAGCCUAGUCGAGGGGUGACCAUGCAGGUAAUCCAGACGCAGCCAAUGACUCCUGGUGGCCGCUUCCAGUAUGGAGGUGGCCCCAAAUUUGGGGGCUACGGAGGAGGACGCGGCCAGGGAGGAGCACCCUAUGGGCCCGUUGGGGGCAGACCAGGCAUGUCGUCCAUGCAGAGCAUCGAGUUUGACGGCAAACGGCUACGCAAGGCCGUUGCCCGCAAGACUGUCGACUACAACACAGCUGUGGUUGAGUACCUCGAGAAUCGCGUCUGGCAGAGGGACUAUCGUGAUGCAAGAGCCCUGCAGCCGGAUUCGGGCUACUAUACCAGGCUGAUGCCCCCCCUGGCCAUGCUGUCCAACCCCAUCAAUGCUGUGACCACGAAAUUUGUGCGCACCUCCACCAACAAGAUGCGUUGUCCCAUCUUUUGCGUAGUGUGGACUCCCGAGGGUCGGCGGCUCAUCACGGGGGCAUCAAGUGGGGAGUUCACCCUCUGGAAUGGACUCACGUUCAACUUUGAGACCAUUCUGCAGGCACACGACUCGUCGGUGCGCUGCAUGGUGUGGAGCCACAACGACACGUGGAUGGUGACGGGGGACCAUUCGGGCUACGUCAAGUACUGGCAGUCCAACAUGAACAACGUCAAGAUGUUCCAGGGCCACAAGGAGGCCAUUCGAGGCAUCAGCUUCUGCCCGACGGACACAAAAUUCACCACUUGUUCCGAUGACGGAACGGUGCGCGUCUGGGACUUCCUGCGCUGCUUUGAGGAGAAGAUCCUCCGAGGGCAUGGGGCGGACGUGAAGUGCGUGGACUGGCACCCGCAAAAGUCGCUCAUUGUGUCCGGCAGCAAGGACAGCCAGCAGCCCAUAAAACUGUGGGACCCCAAGUCUGGGCAGAGCCUAGCAACCCUCCAUGCACACAAGAGCACGGUGAUGGAGGUGAAAUGGAACCGCAACGGCAACUGGCUGCUGACAGCUUCCCGAGACCACUUACUCAAGCUGUUUGAUAUUCGCAAGAUGAACCAGGAGAUGCAGACCUUCCGUGGACACAAGAAGGAGGCCUGCAGCUUGGCAUGGCACCCAAUCCACGAGUGCCUGUUUGCCAGUGGUGGUUCUGACGGUGCCGUCAUGUUCUGGAUGGUUGGGGCUGACAAGGAGGUGGGUGCCAUGGAGAAUGCUCACGACUCGUGCGUCUGGUCUCUGGCCUGGCACCCAUUGGGACACAUCCUCUGCUCUGGGUCCAACGACCACACAAGCAAGUUCUGGACGCGCAAUCGACCUGGGGACAAAAUGCGAGACAAGUACAACCUCAACACUCUACCCAGAGGUCUGGAUGACACCGGAGAAUAUGAUGAGCCGACAACUACACCAGCGUCGGCCACGCCUAACAUACCUGGCAUGGGACUGGAUCAGAGCAAUUUGGAGGCAGUGCGGACUAUGAGCGACGUGCCGCCUCAAGCCAUACCCAGUGGGGGGGGAGGCGGUGUCGGUGGUGGCCGGAAAGACUUUGGUGGAGGCGGUGGCCGGGAACUCAGUGGCUCCAUUCCGGGUCUGGACUUUGGCGAAGAGGUGCAAGAGAGCCACGUGGGUGGCGGCGGUGGCGGCCGACACAAGCGCACCCCGUUCUCCAAGCCCAUUCCGAAGCACUUCCAGCAACAGUGGAUGGAGAACAAGCAGCCCCUGCUGCUAGCACCUCCACCCCCAGAUGGGACAGGGGCGCCCUCUCCGGGCCUCGCCCAGCAGCAGCAGGAGGGCGGUGCAGAUGGUUCCCAGUUGCAACAGCCCCCAAUGCCAGGCAUGACACCUGGUGGCAUGAACCUGCAGCAGCAGCCACAGCAGCAGCCAGGCAUGCCCAUGGGCAUGAUGGGCCAGCCACCGGGAGGCAUGGGAGGCUUUACACCUGGCGGGGGCCUCCUCAGUGCACCCCCUCAUCCGGCCGGCAUGAUGUUUCCACACUUCCAGGGGGCGCCGCCGGUCUCUGCAGCAGGCGUCGAUGCGCCACCAAACGGCGUUCCCAUGGGCUUUCGACACCAGGGAAUGCCACCCAUGGCCGGCCAGGACCAGGGCCAGUUCCAGAGACAGUCAGCUGGCGAGUGGCGCAACAUGGGCGACCCUGGCGCAGGCAACCAGGCACAACCACAAAUCAGGCAACAGUUCCAACAACAGCAGCCGCAGCAGCAGCAGCAAGACGGCAGUGCUGGGGUUCCAGACACUGGCAAUUUCUUCCAGCCACAACAGCAACAACAGCAGCAGCAGCAGCAGCAGCAACAGUUCUGGCGAGGCGGUGGCAGCCCGCACAAGCGCGGUGGGGGUGGCAGCCACUGGUACCAAGGGGAUGGACCUGGGCAACAGCAGGAAGGACUCAAGCGGCCCUGGGGGGCCGACGAGGGGGGAUCCGAGGGACAGCCACCAAGCAAGAGGGGUGGAGGAUGGGGCGCGAGGGGCGGUGGCGGCGGCGGCUUUGGGCGCGGCUUCGGCAGGGGAGGCUUCCGCGGUCGAGGGGGUUUCCGUGGCGGCAGGGGCGGUCCAAGGGGAGGGCCGAGGGGCCACUGACCUGUCGGUUUGUGCGUGCUUUCUUUUUUGGGGACAAUCGGCCCACGACGUGUCCCAGUGCGCCUGCUCACGUCUUCAGUGUCACCGGAUCCUUCUUAGUCAAGGAUUGUGCAGAAGACAACACCUUAAGACAAGCUUCAGCUCUGGUAUGAUACUUUGUAGCCGGGAAGAGGGGGGGAUUGUUAUGAACAUCUGCGGGGCCUUAGGUGCUCUUAGGACAACCAGUUCAUUGAGUGUUGUUGCACACCUGCUCAUAUCUUCAACGUCACCAUCUUCAUAUGAACUGAACUUCUGGAGCGUGCAAGGACUUUUGUACAAUCCUGGUAGGAUGGAGCGUGCCGAGCUCUGUGGUGAAGCAUUGAGUGGCCCUGUGGCACUUGUUUUGUGUUUCAGUACACGCACUCGCAUCUUCGACUUCAUUUUUCUUUCUACUGUGGUAAAGAAGUGAACUUCACUCACACACAAUUCUGGGCCCUGAUUCAUCUUCCUGUGCACAUUUGCGCCCUUGUUUUCGGGACAAGGCUCAGCAGUUCUACAAUGAAAGAUAAAUAUGAUGCCAAAGUGAAAGCUACAAACUGGGAUACACAGCGAAUGUCGGGGAACAAAUUUUAUUUCAAGCAGAAUUAAAGGGGGGGGGGGGGGAAUAUACUGCAUGGAAAGACUAAAUUCUGUAAGAGAGUAAUUAUGGUUUGGUGUUAAUAAGCAAUUGUUGGCUAUUUGCACGCUCCUGUAUAUGAUCUGUACCUCUUUCUGUAACCGCUGCUGCAUUUGAAAGCAUCAAGUAGCGAGGUUGUACUACAGCAUCGGUAACUUCUGUAAAAGGCAGCGAAACCGCUCAGAUUCUGUGACGUUACACAGCAAAAAGUACACAGUUGGAAUGCCCAGGUGGCAGGUUUUUUACCAAAAUUCUGGUAAAGGAGCGCAUACACUGAGCACUUAAGUGUUAAUUACUGUGCGGCAGUGCUGUUUAUAUGCGUGAUCAGUUACCUGCACGAUACACAUGUGCAGGAAAUUCACAUGGCAUAUUUCAUUGCCAAAGUAGUUUUGGUAAAUUUCUUUACUUAUUUAGCAAAUUCAAUUUGGGCCAUGGCAUCUCUUCGGUUCUGUGGGCUCCAAUGUUUUCUGGUCAUCUGCAUUCCUUGGCAAGCUUAAAACAUGCCCACAACUUGCUCAUGAAUGCUGCUUGGUUUGAAUCUGGUCCCCUUUAGCCAGGAUAUUAAAAAGAAAUGUUUUAGUUGCUGGUUUUAUGUUGUUUUGAAGUUUAUGAAGCCUUGGUCCAUAGAUUCUGUGUCUCACAGCAUUGUAUCAGAUUGCAAAGUGUGCUGUGCGUUACGGCUCACCCGUAGCAGGUCGUUGACGUGACAUCACUUCCGUCCAGAAGGGGCAAACCUUGCGUUUUUGUGUCUUGUUCUUCCUUACGUUGUGUUGUUGUGGCUUAUGAAGUUAGUUGCUUUGUAAAAGCGCGUUGGCAGACAAGAUUUAUUGUAGCAGUGCUGACAGUCUCAGUGGCUACAUUGGUUAAUGUCCUUUCAAACAGAAGAAAGGCUUUCUUCUUUUAUGGACAAGACACAUCGUAGUAAGAUACUUAGAUGUGCAUUGAAAAUACAGAAUCUACAGCAAAGUACCACUUUCAGUGUAGGGAUGUUGGCACCACUCGUUAUUUUUACGAAACCAAAAAGAAAACCUGGAUGGUCUCGACCAGCGACUAGAGUGAUUAUGAUGGAUGUCGACCUGCAACAAAGCUCCAUAGAGGGGCCCUGGAAUGUGAACCGUCAUUGUUGAAUUUUCUUCUGUGCAUAUGAUCACUGCAAGCAGUGUGUUUAAGCGUCAUGUGUUGCAGUGUUGUAAAGAUGUAUAGACUUUGCUUGAGGUGUGUGUCACUCCAAUCUUCAUUAGUGUGGCCUGGACUAUGAUCAUCUUCAAGGAAGAGCCAUGCAUCCCAAAUCCACGUGAUUUAUUUUUAUUCUUUAGGUUUGUGUUUCUGAGGUGGAAAAAAUAACAAUGCACUUUU